CGGUCUUCUCCUCCUCCCCCAACUUCGCCACACUUCUGUCGUUCUCGUCCGGCUUAAAGCCAUCCAAAUUUCCACUCACUAUCCACCCUCUCGCCGACCUCUGCUCUCCCGACAUCGAUCCUUUCGUUUCCGCGUCGUUUCACGAACCCAAUAGCAAAGAUCGCGAAAAUGUCUGCAAGCCCAUCCCCGUCCGCCGGUGGCGAUAGCAAGCCUACCGAUCAGAUCCAUUUCCGCUUCUGCCGUGAAUGCUCCAACUUGCUUUACCCGAAGGAAGAUCGCGUCAACAACCGCUUGAUGUUCACAUGCCGAACCUGCCACGUCGGCGAGCCUGCGACCUCCUACUGCGUCUACCAGAACAAGCUCAAUACCCAAGUCGGAGACACCGCCGGUGUGACCCAGGAUGUGGGAUCUGAUCCUACGGUUUGUCUCCCGGGUUUCUGUGCCCAUUGCGGGGAGGAGAUCACUUGCUUUAUCUGUGACUCGUCGUCCGAGGACUCAUUAUCUGAAGAGGAUUAUGAUUCCUUCUCGACGUGCUCCUAGGGCUGAGAUUGCUCUCGCGUCAUGGAUACAUUCCAAGUUGCCUUGAAAGUUCCGUGGCUAACCCGCGCUCUCCUUUAGCUUCCUCGUUCCAACAAGCUCUGCCCGAGCUGCGGUGAAGCCGAAGCUGUCUUCUUCCAGUCCCAACAACGUUCCGCCGAAACUGGAAUGGUGAGCCUCUCUGCCUGUGUCUACGGUCUCCGUGCUGGCAUCGCUGACGUGUUACCCCCAGAAACUCUACUAUGUCUGUUGCUCGUGCGGCAACGUUUUCGUUUAAUCCGUGAUUUUUUUUAUCUAUUUUCAUGUACCUGAUACCCGACACUGGUUCUUGAAGC